CCUGAGCCUAAUUACAAGUUCAGUACUUUCCUGAUGCUCCUGAAGGACAUGCAUGAUACCAGGGAGAAAGAGGGCAAGCCCCUGACCAUGCCUCCCUCACAAGCCCUCAUCCAGGAGGAACCCAUGGUCAUAGCCACUGUCCAAGCACCAGACGACACCUUGAACACUGCUGCUGGCGGGGACUGGACACCAACAGGGACCAAAAUCCAAAACGGCCAGCAUGCGAGCUCGCCAACACCCAAGAGCACACCGGCCAAACCCAAGUCCAAAACUAAACCCAUCAUGAAAAACGACACAUACAAACUUGAAGGGAAAACGGUGCUGGCUCAGAUGGUGGCGAACGCAGUGGAGAAGCAGCAGCGGAGGAAGCAGAGGCCACCAGCCAAGCUCAGGGCAAUCAUCGGUGGUCUCUCUCCCGAGUUGGCCGACCUAGCCUCGGGGAGGGAGUUUGUCUCUGGGCACACUGACCUGGCUGAGCCUGGCCUCAGCCCCCCUCCUCUUCCUUCUGUCCCCUCCGCUGCUGACUCCUCAUCCUACCUCGACAAGAGCCCGGGUACCAAAGUGGCCCCUAAGAAGCGCUGGCAGACGUUUGCGCAGCAGGGGCCAGUGAAGCCUGGGCAGGAUCCAGGGAUCCUGGGUGGGGUGGCCUCACCGCAGGGGCUUGCGGAAGUGAAUGGGGUCUACAGAGACAGCCAGGGAGGCACACCAGACCCCAUCAGAUCCCCUAGUCUAAACCUGGGGAUGGAGAAGCAAGAUGACACAUCAGCACAUUCUGAAAACAAACGGCUGAGGAAACCCAGCAAAAGACUGCUGGAAUCCACAGAGGAGGAACAAUUCUUUUCCCCGAAUAAAAAAAUAAAGAAACCUCUGGAAUCUUCCAAAACCCCUCUGAGACAUUCUUCAGCCCCAGCACUGCUAAUGUUCACCUCUACACCCAGCCCCACCCCUGGCCCUACCUCUGGGGAGCCAGCCAGCCCCACCCCUGGCCCUACCUCUGGGGAGCCAGCCAGCCCCACCCCUGGCCCUACCGUCUGGGAAGCAGCCGCACCACCUGGCCUACCUCUGGGAAGCCAGCCAGCCUCCCUGGCUCUACCUCUGGGGGAGCCAGCCAGCCAACCCCGGCUGCUACCUCUGGGAAGCCCAGCCAGCCCACAACUGGCCCUACCUCGGCUGGGGGCCAGCCAGCCUCACCACUGGCCCUACUCUGGGGAGCCAGCCAACCCCACCCCUGCCAGCCUACCUCUGGGGAGCCAGCCAGCCCCACCCCUGGCCCUACCUCUGGGGAGCCAAGCCAGCCCCACCCCUGGCCUACCCCGUGGGGAGCCAGCCAGCCACCCCUGA